AUGGCUGGAAGCACGACGCCGGCCGGCGCGACGCCUGAAGAUCAGGCGGCAGCGUCGCGCGGGAGCAAGCGAAGCAUCGACGACGCCUCCGACAGUCUGCUGCGCAGCAGUCUGGAGGACCUCGUGGCCAGGAAAGAUGCCCCCGUCCCCCUCGCAGACAUUCGCGAUACGCUGAUGGACCACUUGCUGGGCAGCAUCCAGACGGACCUCAAGUACACGGUGCUGUUUGUGUGCGAGGAAGUGCCGGACUUCCGGCAGCAGCAGGAGCAAGAAAAGGUGGAUCCGGUGGAGGUUGCGUUGCUUGAAGGGCUGGGAGACGCCUACCAGUUCCGCAGUCGCCUGUCCGAGGGUGAUAGUAUUCCGCGGUGUGACGCUACGUUGCUGAAGAUUCCGGUGUCCAAGCGUGACAUUGAAAAGGAGAAACAUGCGGCUAAGAAGGCCAUCAAGAAGAAGAUCAAGAAGUUCAAGAAGAGCUCUGGAGAAAACUCGAAGCCAAGCGCCGAAUUUUACGUUUUAUCGCCAGAGGAGCUUAGAGUCCACCUACCUUCGAUUCCGUUCGAGGACGCUAAAGCUGCUGCAGAUUUUGUUUCGACAUUGCCGCUGCCGGAUGGCGAAACGCGAACACCAGAGCAGCUCCUGCUUGCUCUGGACUGUGAGAUGUGCCGUACCACAAAGGGUGUGGAGCUCACGCGCCUUACACUGGUAGACACCAGUGAGAAGGUCCUGUUGGACGAGUAUGUGAGGCCCAAGAACCCGAUUGUCGACUACUGCACGCAGUACUCGGGCAUCACUUGCGACAUCAUGGAGGCCACAACCAUGCGGCUUGCAGACAUCCAAAAGCGCUUUCUGGAUCUGGUGCCAGCAGAGGCUAUCUUGGUGGGCCACUCGAUCGAGAAUGACCUGCAGGCGCUCCGAGUUCUGCACCGUCGAGUGAUCGACACGGCAUGCAUGUAUCCGCACCCGAAAGGCCCUCCGUUCCGCUCAGCCUUGCGGUUUUUGACGAGCCAGUACCUAAACCGAGCCAUCCAAACCGGUACGGACGGGCACUGCAGUGUGGAGGAUGCAGUGGCGACACUGCAGCUUGCGCAGCUCAAGAUAAAGCACGGACCGACAUUUCCGAGUAUCGAGCACGAGUACAAGCAGAAGAAGGUGGUGAACGAGAUGGCCCGAGCCAAGAAAUCCGUGCUGAUUGUGGACUCACUGCGCUCUUGUCGGUCACUGAGUGGAGGAGUGGCCUGCAUUAUCCCGCGCGAAGUUCCUGGCGAGGUUGUGCAGACGGUCGUCCAUCAACUGACGACAGGCUUCCCGCCGCAUUUAACCUGGGCGCGUGUGCGCGGAGUGAAGCGCUCCGACAUCGUGGCGUACGUUCAACAGAUCAAAUUCAAUUUACCCACGGGCUCGUGCCUCGUAACGGUGCUGAGCGGGGAUACCAACGAUCUGCGCGCGCUGCACAAACGCCGCACCGCGCGCACUGACCCACGAAGCUCGCUCAUGUGGGACAAAAAGCAGCAAGAGGCGCUGGAUGCAACAGCAUUGGCCGCCCAGACAGGUCUGGUGCAUAUCUGUUUGCAGUAG